AUGAAAAUUUACAACAUUUCAAGAUCUAGAAAAAUGGUUUCUUACGCUUUAUUACUUGUUGUCGUAAUCUCUGUAAAAAACAGUCCUUCAUGUUCUCAAGGACUUGCUAAAUACAAACUUACUAGGGAAUUGUCCCAAACAAUUAAAUUUAAAUAUUUUUUUCCUACAAACCAACCGUAUCAGACAUUUGCAAAUGGGGAUAUUAUAUUUAUCUCGGGUAAAUAUAUUGUUGAAAAUUCUGAACCAUGCUUUACUAUAGCAUAUGUGAGUAUUGUUGACAAUAAAAACCCCAACCGUGAAUUUGAUAUGAGUGAUGUUCCUAUAACCAUCCCAAUUGCAUAUACUCUAAUUUAUUUACUUUGGUGUGAAACUGUUGAAUAUAAUUCGCCUAAUAUUAAAAUGGAUAUGACAAUUAUUUAUCCUCACAAAUCACCUAGGUUUAAAUAUCUAGGUGAUUUAGGCUCUAAUAUUAAACUAAGAUCAAGCUAUGUUAUAUCGGGGCUUUUUAAAUUUUCAAAAUCUGGCAAAAUGAUGAUUGAAGCUACUGAUAUUGAUUAUUUAAAAACUUCAACCAUCAGUAUUAACCAAUCCGAGAGCUUAUCGUCAAUAACAGCAAAUGGUUCAUCGAUAAUUGAUAUUAUUGAUGAUGACAUCGAAUCUAUUGCCAUUCAGAAAUUACAAAAACCACCUGGAUCAUAUGAAACAUCAAAAAAUCCUCUUAAUACAGAUAUUAAAAUUGAUCAAUAUUGUGACAGAAAAAAAAAUCAUACUACAAUUGACAAUUAUCAGAGUGAUGAAAUACAAUCUGAUAACGAGAACAAUGAUGAAAAACCUAUAAAUUCAGUUGAUGACGAAACCUUUCAAAAAACUGAAGAAUCAGAAGAAGAG